UAAAACUGUCAUACUUUGGAAUUAAUUAAAUUAAAUAAAAAUCUCCACCAACAGCACAGAGGAUCCUAUAAAAUGAAGAUCUACGAGAAGGAGAACUUUGGAGGUCAGAGCAUGGAGCUGAUGGAUGACUGUGACUCCAUCCAGGAUCGUUACCGCAUGUCUGACUGCCAGUCUGCCCAGGUUAUGGAUGGCCACUGGCUGAUGUUUGAGCAGCCCCACUUCAGAGGCAGGAUGAUGUACAUGAGGCCUGGAGAGUACAGGAGCUUCAAGGAUAUGGGCAUGGGGGCCAAGGGCAUGAGGUUCAUGAGCAUGAGGCGUAUCACCGACAUAUGCUAAAUCAUCUGAUUGUCAAUUGUUCAAAUAAAUGCAA